AUGGCGGCCACGGCGAGUGUCACUACCACUGCUCCCUCCCCUCCAGCUCUCCUCAAAGCAUCGCCUUCUUCUUCGCUUAUCUCCUUCCGCCCCGUCUCCGGCCGCUGCAAGCACCUGUGCGUCAAGACCAAGGCCACAGAAAAUGACCAGUCUGCUAAAAAGCCUCAAAAGGUGAACAGCAUUCUUUGCCAGGACUGCAAAGGAAAUGUAUUGGUGGGUUUCGUUGCUGUUGCUGUCACAAAGCAUGAAUUGAACACUGAUAUACCUUAA